UAUAUGCUCCAGAGCAAUAUCAGUUGUAGUAGCUAAGACUAAGAAGCGAGUGAGCUUGGGAGCUGAGAGCUUGAGACGGCCAUGGCGGGGCGCCAGCUGAACGUGCUGUCCACGCUGGACCAGGCGAAGACGCAGUGGUACCACUUCAUGGCGAUCGUGAUCGCCGGCAUGGGCUUCUUCACCGACGCCUACGACCUCUUCUGCAUCUCGCUCGUCACCAAGCUGCUCGGCCGCAUCUACUACACCGACACCUCCAGGCCGGACCCGGGCACGCUGCCGCCCAACGUGUCGGCCGCCGUGAACGGGGUCGCGCUCUGCGGCACGCUCGCGGGGCAGCUCUUCUUCGGCUGGCUCGGCGACAAGCUCGGCCGCAAGAGCGUCUACGGCUUCACGCUCGUCCUCAUGGUAGUCUGCUCCGUCGCGUCCGGGCUCUCGUUCGGGGCCACGCCCAAGGGCGUCGUCGCCACGCUCUGCUUCUUCCGCUUCUGGCUCGGCUUCGGCAUCGGCGGCGACUACCCGCUCAGCGCCACCAUCAUGUCCGAGUACGCCAACAAGAAGACCCGCGGCGCCUUCAUCGCCGCCGUGUUCGCCAUGCAGGGCUUCGGCAUCCUCUUCGGCGCCAUCGUCGCGCUCGUCGUCUCCGCCGGCUUCCGCAGCGCGUACCCGGCGCCGCCCUACUCCCAGGACCGCGCCGCCUCGCUCGUGCCGCAGGCCGACUACGUGUGGCGGAUCAUCCUCAUGUUCGGCACCCUCCCGGCCGCGCUCACCUACUACUGGCGCAUGAAGAUGCCCGAGACGGCGCGCUACACGGCGCUGGUGGCGCGCAACGCCAAGCAGGCCGCGGCUGACAUGUCCAGGGUGCUGCACACCGAGAUCGAGGAGAGCGUGGAGCGCGUCGAUAAGACGGUCCUCGGCGGCGAGGAGUGGGGCCUCUUCUCGUCGCAGUUCGUCCGGCGCCACGGGCUCCACCUCCUGGCGACCACCAGCACGUGGUUCCUGCUCGACAUCGCCUUCUACAGCCAGAACCUGUUCCAGAAGGACAUCUUCAGCAAGGUCGGGUGGAUCCCGGCGGCAAGGACCAUGAACGCCGUCGAGGAGCUGUUCCGCAUCGCGCGCGCGCAGGCGCUCAUCGCGCUGUGCGGCACCAUCCCGGGGUACUGGUUCACCGUCGCCUUCAUCGACGUCGUCGGCAGGUUCUGGAUCCAGAUCAUGGGGUUCGCCAUGAUGACGGCCUUCAUGCUCGGCCUCGCGGUGCCGUACCACCACUGGACGACGCCCGGCCACCACACGGGGUUCGUCGUCAUGUACGGCUUCACCUUCUUCUUCGCCAACUUCGGGCCCAACAGCACGACCUUCAUCGUCCCCGCCGAGAUAUACCCGGCGCGGCUGCGGUCCACCUGCCACGGCAUCUCCGCCGCGGCCGGGAAAGCCGGCGCCAUCAUCGGCGCGUUCGGGUUCCUGUACGCCGCCCAGGACCCGCACAAGCCAGAGGCGGGGUACCCCCGGGGCAUUGGCAUCCGCAACGCCCUCUUCGUGCUCGCCGGCACCAACUUCUUGGGCACCGUCAUGACGCUGCUCGUCCCCGAGUCCAAGGGCAAGUCGCUCGAGGUGGUAUCACAGGAGGUCGCCGACGACGAGGAGGCCGCGUAAAACUGGAUGCAGCGUUCAGAGAAAUGUUUGUGAUGGAGCAGGUGACUGCUGCUGUUACUAGCAUAGUGUUAGUGCCUUAGUGGUUUCGCUUAGUGGUUGCAUGCUUGAGUGUGCCCUCGAUCUGAAGAAGUAGCAGAACCAUGAUGUAGCUCGAAAGUACAUCCAUGGCGUACAUAUCCUUAUAUUUCAGUCUCAACUCUCCCUCCCUGUUGUGUCGCGUCGAAGAAGACGCGUGUUCAUGCAAGAAUGAGGAUGCUUAUAGUUAAGAGGCUGUCGAUUGUCAUGCCAUCCGCUGCAGCAGUGUUCUGCUGUUCAUUCA